AUGUCCCUUAUAAACUACCGCACCGUCAACGUCGACAGCCUCGACCCAGAAUCCUCCGUAAACUUCCCCCUAGAAACCCUUUUACCGGGAAACCUCCCCGCCCCCACAACCUCCAGCGAAGCAGCCAGCGUCGGCUCGCAGAUUCGCCAGCUGCUACGGUCGGGCGACUCGGAGAACGCCUUGCGCCAUGUACUUGACACAGCGCCAUUGGGCGGCGAUGAUAGGGCGAAGGAAGUCCAUCUAGCUACGGUAGUAGAAGUGUUGGGAGGUAUAAGGCAGGGGGAGAUGACGAAGGUGCUUGAGAGUGUUUGUAGUGGGGAGGGCGGGUCGGACAGGGGGGAUUGUUUAAUGAAGUAUUUGUAUAAAGGGAUGGCUGCGCAUUCAUCUGAUAAUAUCUCCCCGUCAAAAAAAUUAUCACUGUCGCCACAGAGUACAGGCUUUUCGCAAAUACAGGCGCGGAACCAUGGGGAGGGAGGCGGUGGGCAGCAGAUGAGUGUGCUACUAAGUUGGCAUGAGAAGUUGGUGGAUAUUAUUGGAGUAGGGUCCAUAGUAAGAGUUAUGACGGAUCGGAGGACGGUUUAA